AUGGUACGGACAGCAGCAUACAUUCCGUUACAUGCUUUAAGUAAAAUUGAUAUAGAAUCCAUACUUAGUGUUGCUAUACCAUUUGACAUCGAUAAUGUUGAAAAUAAAAGGCGAUAUGAUUAUCAUAACAGUCGUCGAACAAUGCUUUAUUUUUUAAUAUCAGUGUAUGGCAUAGAUAAACAACAAUUAAUGGAUUUAAUCAAUCAAUGUAAUCCAAACAUUAAUUGGAAUUAUAUUCAAGAAAUUUAUGAUGAUUUAAAAACGAAACCUGAACCAUAUCAAGAGCAAUAUCAUACCAAAGAAUUUGGUGAUUAUUGGGAAUUAAAAAGAGAUGCAAAUAGACCAGGUCCCAGACAAUCACAACAGUAUAUACUAAAAUAUCGUGAAAAAGGUUUUCAACCAGAAGAACUCAAAUUAUAUUGGAAUUAUCAAGAAAUUGAAAGUUUACAUAAAAAUGGUUAUUUCAAUCCAAUAACAGAUACUGAUACAAAUAAAGCUCUAUUAGACAAACCUGUUGAUGAACGUAAAAAUUCUGGAACUAUACAAUUUCAUCUGUCAGGCAUUGAACAAGCUGUUUUUUAUGAAGAACUAAAAGAUAAACAAAUUAUAGUUCUGGAUUUUGCUGAUGAACGUAUGCCUGGUGGUUAUUUUCUUGAAAAUGCUCGAUCACAAGAAGGAGUAUGUAGAAUAGACAAAAAAUGA